AUGAGCGCCGAUGUAGUGGCAGACCAUUAUAAUAAAGUGAAGCAGACAGGAAUUCAAGACAGGAAAGAAAGUCGCAUCUUUUUCAUGCGAAAUAUGAACAAUUGGAUAAAAAGUCAACUGAUCAAUGACGCGAUGAAGCUUGUGAACGAAAACAAUGUUAGAAAUCCACGUGUACUGGAUAUAGCCUGUGGAAAAGGUGGAGAUCUUCGAAAAUGGGAUAUAUCAGGAGCAAAACAUGUUGUUAUGGCUGAUGUCGCUGAUGUGUCUGUACAGCAAGCAGAAGAACGUUACAAACAGAUGCAUAAAUAUCCAGAUAAUAUUUUCGGUGCACAGUUCAUCGUUGCAGAUUGUACAAAAGAAAAUCUUGAAAGUCGCAUCGAAAGCAAAGAGCCAUUCGACUUGGUAAGUUGUCAGUUUGCCAUGCACUACUCCUUUGUCGACGAAGAAUCAGCCAGACAAUUUAUCAAAAAUGCCGUUGGGAUGUUGAAACCGGGCGGAGUUUUUAUCGGAACUCUACCGGACGCCGACAGAAUCGUAUGGGCAGUGCGAAAUGGAGAAGGAGGAAAGUUUUCGAAUGACGUGUGCAAAAUCACUUACGAGAAUGUAGAGGAACUUUCCAACGGCAAUAGGCCUCCUCUUUUUGGUGCAAAGUUCCACUUUUCGCUUGAUGAACAAGUCAACUGUCCAGAGUUUUUGGCCUACUUUCCCCUUGUUAAACUUCUUCUCGAGGAACAAGAUAUGGAACUUGUAUUCGUCAGGAAUUUCGCUGAAGCCAUCACCAAUUGGUUGGAACCUGGACGACGUCUUUUGGAAAGCAUGAAAGGUCUUGAAACAUUCCCGAAUCAUAAUCUGAGUGGAAAAUCCGACGAUGAAUACUUGGAAGCCAAAGCGAAGAUCGAGACGUUAGGAGAAAAUGUACCAAAGUACGUCGGAACACUUUCCAAAUCCGAGUGGGAAGCAAUCUGCAUGUAUUUGGUCUUCGAAUUCCGCAAAAAGAAAACACCAGCGGCGGAAGGUGAAACUGAUGCUCCCGAAGCGAAAAAGCUCGCUUCUGUGGACCAAGAAUCUGAAAAAAAAUCUAAAGAUAUUGAAGAAAAACAGAACCCCGAGGAAGAAGUGCACCACCAAAAUCAGAGCUAA